AUGGUCCAUCUCGAUAUUUCGGCAUAUCCCAUUACCAACAAUGUACACGACAGUAAGAAGUCCAAGAAGCCCAGGAGGUCUUCUCAGGACGACGACUGGUCUAACAUGUAUAUGGAACGUCACGCAUCGGACCGUAGCAAUGCUUACGUUGUCUACGAUCAUGGUGAGGACUCAGGAUCCCACAGCCAUCACCAUGGCCACUCCCACGGACAUUCUCAUAGUCGUCACCAUGGAGGCGAUCAUAGAAGCCACCACCGAAGCCACCAUGGAGACUCUAGAGGAGCGAAUGAUCCAAUUAUACCUGAAACUAUACCCGAAGAGCAACCAGUCGAGGAGCCGCCUGCACCAAUGAACGACCAAGCCAGUUUUACUGACCGGUCUGGAUAUCAGACCGUCGUCCAACCAGUGUCCGGUGGUAGAGCAGUCCGCGUAUCAGUAGGGACCGGGUACACAGCGGACGGAGUCGCGCCUCAAGCGGGUAACUACUACCCUCCCAGCCAAAACCCAUUCGCAGGUUACAACCAGCCAGUAGACCCCAAUCAAGCAGCGGCCCAGGACCAAGCAAAUGUUUACUACACUAACCAAGCAACCGGUCAGGAUCAAGCGAAUGUUUACUACAAUAACCAAGCAACUGGUCAAGAUCAAGUCGUGGAUCCAGAAACAAUGGCCCAAGGACCUGAAGAAGAGGAAUAUCCGGAAGGGUGCCCAAGUGAUCUUAAUGGUUGGGGAUUUGGUUGGAGCCAACCGGAUCCAUAUGGCAGGCAACACCUUCACCACGAGAAUCAUCAUCACGAGAAGAAACAUCACAAGAGGCACCAUCAUCGCCGCCACUACGGUAAGAAAUCCAAGUCCUCCAAGGGCGACUCAUGGAAUGGUUUGUACAUGGAGCGUAAAAAGUCGGACCGAGGAACUGUUUAUAUUCGCCGUCGUGAUGUGGACUCGGACUCGUCGGAACUCCGUGGUCGUUCUCCUGAGAGCAGUGGCCGUCGUGAGAGUCAUCGUGGAAGCCGCGGUAGUAGCCCUUCCGGAAGUUACUAUAGUAGCACUAUCGGAAGUUCCGAUGUAAGCCCUCAAAGAAGCCAUCAUGGAACUAAGCACGCAGACCAGUAUGGAGCCCAGCGAAGAGACCCGUACGGAGAUCAGCGAGGAAACCAGUAUGGAAACCAGUAUGGGACCCAGUACGCAAAUCAGCAUGGAAAUCAGCAUGGAAGCUAUAUGAACCCGAAUAUCCCGCCCACGCGGCCGGCCAUUCCGACUCAACCAGUUUCAUUCGCCCCCGAACCGAAUUAUCAGCAACCUCCACAAGCUGGAUACAGAGUGGUAGAGAUGCCGACGCCGGGAGGACAGCCAUUGCGAGUAUCAGUUGCAACUGGAUAUACGUCAAACGGGGUCGCGUAUCAAGCAAAUGGCUACACCCCCUCCAACGGAAACCAGUCUACAAGCCAGUACCAAGCGGCCAGUAACAGCCAAGCCCCUGGCUGCACUAAAGAUAACCCGGUGAAUAAAUAUUAUCGAGGAAACUGGUUUUAA